AUGGGCAUCUCGCGGAACUCAUCCAACAGUCGCACCGCCCGAUCGUCCCCCGCAUUAUCCAAUGCCUCUAAGAAGCAUACCAUAUUUCAGGUUUUCACAAUCCCCUACAAGUUUAUCCGGUUCCUCCGCUCACGAUCUGGCCCUGUCAACGAGUUUUACAUUCGUCUCGUUGACCCUCAUCGUCAAUAUGGCUCUGGAGACGUGGUUAAGGGUGCCGUUAUCUUGACCGUUGUCAAGCCCAUCUGCAUCACACAUCUGGUCGUCUCGCUGCAUGGCUAUGUGCGAAUAUAUAAAGGCACCAAUGCGCCCACUGAUAUCCCCCCUAACCCAAGCGAGCAUGCUGCUAGCAGCGGUUAUAUCACGUUGUUCCACGAGGAAGUGCCACUUUCUGGUGAGGGCAGGCUCGAGCCGGGAAGAUAUGAGUUCCUCUUCGAUUUGGAUAUACCGCAGGGCAGUUUCCCCAGCAGCAUCGAGUUUGAAAAAGGCACCAUCUCAUACGUGGUUACAGCAACCCUGACUCUUCCUACGAGUGACCCCAACAGACUCCCGCGGCAGCAUAGCUGCGCUUGCCACAUCCAAUUGGUGAAGAUGGUGGAUAUCGGAUUCAUUAAAGCGCCACUCCCUCAGAUCAUCUCGCUCGAGCCAAUCUCCAAGAGGCCCAAAAAGAAACGGCCUCCAGAUCCCUCUGCCGAAAGCUCGACCACGAUCAAUACGGCUGUUCCUGGCUCCAGUUCUGAUAUGCUCCGGAUGAGCGGCCACGUUACGGAAGCGGGCUAUGAUCAUACCCAUGAACCCCAUGGAAACAACCCUCAGAACGCAACACAAAGCGACGUGCGUAGCAUCAGCGAUGAAAGUGCUGCCACCAGCAGCACCGCUCAUAGCAGAGCUGAUGUGAGUUCUUUGCACGCUCCCGCAAUCGGUUCUCUGGGUGAUAGGAGGAAUCGUUCCUUGAAGGAGCGUACCAUUACGGCAACUGUUGAACUUCUCAAGGGGGGCUGCCUUCCGGGCGAUACGGUUCCCGUCAAGAUAUCCGUCCAACAUAACCGCCCAAUCAGAAGCAUGCGUGGCGUUAUUCUGACCCUUUACCGCUUAACGCGAAUCGAUUCAUCACCCCUAUCUUUUACAAGGGAGUCAACGGACCAUGAAGGUCAGCGAACACCAACAGAAGACUUCUUCCCUCGUUUCAGGACAGGACUUGGUGUCCUCUCCUCUUUCUCCUCGAGUAACCCAUACUGCUUGUUUCGAAAGGAUCUUGCACAAGCUUUUGCUCCCCUCAUCAUUAACCCAGAGUCCUUGAAAGCUGAGCUCGUCACCUCCGUGAGGGUCCCAGUGGACGCGUUUCCCACCAUUCAGGAUGUGCCCCACGAGAUUAUAUCGUUCACAUAUCACAUCGAGGUCCUUGUCGACCUCGGCGGCAAACUCGCAAACCAAAUUCGCGGAGGACUUCCCUCUCCUCCAGCGGUCAAUACCCUUGGGGGGCCACCCGGGCUUUCUGAUAGUGCGGCUACUAUGACAGCAUAUGCCGCCAAUAUUCUGGAAACAGACGGUCUUCGGAGACAGAAGGGCGUUAUCUCGGCAGCAUUUGAUCUUGUUGUUGGUACUUUGGACAGCAGUCGCAACCGUGCCAGAAACUCAACAAGGCCAUCUCCUGCUGUUUCUGCUGUUCCUGUGGGUUCUACCCCAAGGCCAAGCCAGGCAGGAGUCCAGCCGUCAGCUUCUCCCCAUGUUGAGCCUUACACGCCUGUGAACCGCCCACAAGCCCAUACCCCCUCACCUAUUGCACAACUUUCUCCUCAGUCUUACCCUUAUUGGAACAAUAUACCUCCAAAACCACUACCCGAACCAUAUCCGAUUCCUCCCCCACAAUUACCGGACGAAAGCGCGCUCAGCGAAAAAGAACGCAUGCGUCUUGCUGAACAACGUCUACUACCCAGCCAACCCCCAGAAGUCCCUUUAGCCAGGCUGUCGCACAGUUCCCACCUCAACCCUUCCCCUAAUAGCGCCUACUCUUCGGAUUCUCAGCCGCCAUUCUCGUUGACAUUCGAGGCUCCUUCUGCUCCAACACUGGAUGAUAUCGCUGCUGGUAGCACGGCGCAAGCGUCUGCAGUGCCUGACGGCGGAACGGAAGACAAGCAAGAGCUGGAGAGGCGGCAGUUGCUGGCCGAGGUGAGCGCUCCCCCACAGUUUCCCCCCGACGGCUAUGGGGGCGACGGCCAGGGAGCGACCGGGAGUCUCUCGUUUUCCGCACAACGGCAGCUAGAGCAACCAACUGCCCCUCCAUUGUCGAUGGUGGAAGGUGACGAUCACAAAGAGCCGUCGGCACCUCCGCCGGAAUUGCUGGGCGAGGAUCCCCAGCCACGGGAUGAUGAGGCCUUGUAUGGGAGGGGCUAUAGCUACGGAGAGUAUACCUCCUCGUAUCUUGCUGCGUGUUUGCCAUAUCAACAACUAUCUGGAGUACAGGCUCAGGGGCAUAUCUCUUCUUCUGGGCAGCAUAACGGGGGGAAUGAGCCAUUGCCGAAAUAUGAGCAGUGA